AUUACUCGCCUGCUCACGCCGCGCUGCGCGCUUUUCCGCUCCUCGCGGCCCCCCCACAUUGUUCUCUCAGGACUCCUGGGUCCCCAGGGGCUGAAUUCGGGGCCUGAGCCGGGGACAGGAGAGACUUGGCUUUGGCGGGAGGGUCGGAGGUUUGGGGCCAGGCCCCCCCGCCCAGGGGCUCCCCUCCCCCACGGCACUUUGGGGGGUGUGGAUUAUCUCAUCCCCGCAGGGAGGUGGGAGAGCGCGCCGGCCGCCCGCCUCCCUCCCGCCUCCCCGGCGGCGCCGGCCCGCGGCAGCCCCGCAGUAUGAGGUGGUGCUGGCGGCUCGGGGCCGUGGCGCGGCCGCUGCGGCGGCGGCUGCUGGGGGGGCGCUGAGGGAGCCCCCGGGAGCGGCGCGGCGGACGCGCUUCCCCGCGGCGCGCCCGGGCCUCGAGGCUUUUCUUCUCCAGCCGAGGGGACGCGGCUGUGCCACGAAGCUCUCGCAGCUCCUGGGGCUUAUAGCUGGAAUAUGUUAUGGGUGAGCGAAGGGAGAAGGGAUGGAAUCGGUGCGGAGAUGGAAUGUUCCACAGGACCUAAACUCUAGACCGAGUGUGGACAGUAAUGACCUCGCGUUUCCGAUUGCCUGCUGGCAGAACCUACAAUGUACGAGCAUCAGAGUUGGCCCGAGACAGACAGCAUACGGAGGUGGUUUGCAACAUCCUUCUUCUGGAUAACACUGUACAAGCUUUCAAAGUUAAUAAACAUGAUCAGGGGCAAGUUCUGUUGGAUAUAGUCUUCAAGCAUCUUGAUUUGACUGAGCGUGACUAUUUUGGUUUACAGUUGGCUGACGAUUCCACAGACAACCCAAGGUGGCUGGAUCCAAACAAACCAAUUAGGAAGCAGCUGAAGAAACUGCUUUUAUUAAUUCUAGGAGGAUCUCCUUACAGUUUGAACUUCAGAGUCAAAUUUUUUGUAAGUGACCCCAACAAGUUACAAGAAGAAUACACAAGGUACCAGUAUUUUUUGCAAAUUAAACAAGACAUUCUUACUGGAAGAUUGCCCUGUCCUUAUAAUACUGCUGCCCUUUUGGCUUCAUUUGCUGUUCAGUCUGAACUUGGAGACUACAAUCAGUCAGAAAACUUGCCAGGCUACCUCUCAGAUUAUUCUUUCAUUCCUAAUCAACCUCAAGAUUUUGAAAAAGAAAUUGCAAAAUUACAUCAGCAACAUACAGGUUUAUCUCCUGCAGAAGCAGAAUUUAAUUACCUGAACACAGCACGUACCUUAGAACUCUAUGGAGUUGAAUUCCACUAUGCAAGGGAUCAAAGUAACAAUGAAAUUAUGAUUGGAGUGAUGUCAGGAGGAAUUCUGAUUUAUAAGAACAGGGUACGAAUGAAUACCUUUCCAUGGUUGAAGAUUAUAAAAAUUUCUUUCAAGUGCAAACAGUUUUUUAUUCAACUUAGAAAAGAAGUGCAUGAAUCUAGAGAAACAUUAUUGGGAUUUAAUAUGGUGAAUUACAGAGCAUGCAAAAAUUUAUGGAAAGCAUGUGUAGAACAUCACACAUUCUUCCGUUUGGACAGACCACUUCCACCUCAAAAGAAUUUUUUUGCACAUUAUUUUACAUUAGGUUCAAAAUUUCGGUACUGUGGGAGAACUGAAGUCCAGUCAGUUCAGUAUGGCAAAGAAAAAGCAAAUAAAGACAGGGUAUUUGCAAGAUCCCCAAGUAAGCCCUUGGCACGGAAAUUAAUGGAUUGGGAAGUGGUAAGCAGAAAUUCAAUAUCUGAUGACAGGUUAGAAACACAAAGCCUUCCAUCACGAUCUCCACCUGGAACUCCUAAUCAUCGAAAUUCUGCAUUCACACAAGAGGGAACCCGGUUACGACCAUCUUCAGUUGGUCAUUUGGUAGACCAUGUGGUUCACACUUCCCCAAGUGAAGUAUUUGUGAAUCACAGAUCUCCAUCUUCAACACAAGCUAAUAGCAUCGUUCUGGAAUCAUCACCAUCACAGGAGACCCCUGGAGAUGGGCAGCCUCCAGCUUUACCACCCAAACAAUCAAAGAAAAACAGUUGGAACCAAAUUCAUUAUUCACAUUCUCAACAAGAUCUGGAAAACCAUAUUAACGAAACAUUUGAUGUUCCAUCGUCCCCUGAAAAAUCUACUCCUAAUGGUGGUAUUCCACAAGAUAAUCUUGUUCUAAUCAGAAUGAAACCUGAUGAAAAUGGAAGGUUUGGAUUCAAUGUAAAGGGAGGAUAUGAUCAGAAGAUGCCUGUGAUUGUGUCCCGAGUAGCACCAGGAACACCUGCUGACCUCUGUGUCCCUCGAUUGAAUGAAGGGGACCAAGUUGUACUGAUCAAUGGUCGGGACAUUGCAGAACAUACCCAUGAUCAAGUUGUCCUGUUUAUUAAAGCUAGCUGUGAGAGACAUUCUGGGGAACUCGUACUCCUGGUUCGACCUAAUGCUGUAUAUGAUGUAGUGGAAGAAAAGCUAGAAAAUGAGCCAGACUUCCAGUACAUUCCGGAGAAAGCCCCACUAGAUAGCGUCCAUCAGGAUGACCAUUCGCUGCGGGAGUCAAUGAUCCAGCUAGCCGAGGGACUUAUCACUGGAACAGUCCUGACACAAUUUGAUCAACUAUAUCGGAAAAAACCUGGAAUGACAAUGUCUUGUGCCAAAUUACCUCAAAAUAUUUCCAAAAAUAGAUACAGAGAUAUUUCGCCUUAUGAUGCUACACGGGUCAUUUUAAAGGGUAAUGAAGACUAUAUCAAUGCAAAUUAUAUAAAUAUGGAAAUACCUUCUUCUAGCAUUAUAAAUCAGUAUAUUGCUUGUCAAGGGCCAUUACCACACACUUGUACAGAUUUUUGGCAGAUGACUUGGGAACAAGGCUCCUCUAUGGUUGUAAUGUUGACUACACAAGUUGAACGUGGCAGAGUUAAGUGUCACCAGUAUUGGCCAGAACCCACAGGAAGUUCAUCCUAUGGAUGCUAUCAAGUCACCUGCCACUCAGAAGAAGGAAACACAGCAUAUAUCUUCAGGAAGAUGACACUAUUUAACCAAGAGAAAAAUGAGAGUCGUCAACUCACUCAGAUCCAGUACAUAGCCUGGCCUGACCAUGGAGUUCCUGAUGAUUCAAGUGACUUUCUGGAUUUUGUUUGUCAUGUACGAAAUAAGAGGGCUGGCAAGGAAGAACCUAUUGUUGUUCAUUGCAGUGCUGGAAUUGGAAGAACUGGGGUUCUUAUUACUAUGGAAACAGCCAUGUGUCUCAUUGAAUGCAAUCAACCAGUUUAUCCACUAGACAUUGUAAGAACAAUGAGAGAUCAACGAGCCAUGAUGAUCCAAACACCUAGUCAAUACAGAUUUGUAUGUGAAGCUAUUUUGAAAGUUUAUGAAGAAGGAUUUGUUAAACCCUUAACUACAUCAUCAAAUAAAUAAGAAAGCAAAAGUCUGGGACAUGGGUCAGAAAACUGCUUUCUCUUAUAUUCACUGUGCCAUAAUUCUGCUUGCAGGAAAUGGCAUUUAGACAAAACAAAUGAAGAACUAACAAAAACUGAAAACUUCAGCACUGUUGCACUUUAUGUUUAAGAAAAUGUCACUCUCUCAAAAUCUGUAAUUCACGUGUUUGAAGACUAUUUCAUGCUUUGCUCCGAACAAAUAGUGAAUAACUGAGUAUGUUCAGGGUAAUUUAUGAAAUUUGUGGUGGUGCCAUGCAGUCCCCUUCUGGUAGAAUUGCCACAAACAAGGCUCAGAAUUAUCAUCAUCUCUGUUAUACACCUGUAUCUUGAAAGCAAAAAGAAGUAAACAUCAGGAGUCAGCUCUGGUGUUUCCCAGUGAUUCAUGUACUUAUUACUAUACUGGUUACCAGAUUUUUAUUUUUUAAAUUUUAGCAAUAUCAUUCUCAAUAUUAGCCAGUACACUGCCUAUGGAUGCAGCACAUCUUUCCCUGUACUCCCCCUGUAGAGACCUGCUGUUCAUGAGAAGAAAGAUGGAAUUUGCUUUUCCCAGGAAAUGCUGCACAUUGUCCAUUUACCAGCAUCUUAUAGAAAGUAUAAAUAUGAAUCUACAAAUUUUCUUGAAUUUAAUAAUGUAACUUAUAUUUAUCAUAAGGUUGGCUUAUUCCAAAUCAUGUGAUUUCACAUACUUGAUGUAAAGGAAUGCAUGCAUUGUGUCUUAACCCCUUAAGUGCCUUGAGACGUCUUUGUAUGUCUAAUGAAAAGGCACUCAUUUGACCCCACUAGGAGGUAUGUAUGUAUAUUGUACAUUUACAUUUUUAUGCAUUUUGAAUCAGUUCACAUUUUAAAACAUAGCUUCUUGUAUGAAGAGUUACGCAGUCAAAAAAGGGUAUGGAAAUUCUAUUUCUUACUCAGUUUUCCUGUAUUUUGCCACAAGAAGCAAAGGUAAUUUGUGUUCUACUGAGUGAGCAUGCUGCUGCUAUGGAAUUGUCGAAAAUCUGCUCAUGCCUUUCCUGCAGGACAAGGGUUACAGUUUAGCAGCUCAAGUCAAAAGAUGCUUUAUUAUUCAAAUUUUCUAUUUAUUUUAUCCCUAACUUUAGAAAUGGCACCUAAUAUGCACAUUAAAGUUAAACAUAUUCAUAUUUUCGCUAAAGAUAGAGCAGUUCAUUGUGAUUUAUUUCUAUCACUGUCUAAAUUAUUACUCUAAAGCAUUCAUUUCAGUUCAUUUCAAGCUUUGUUCACACUGGUCUGUUUGUUGGGAUACUUCAAACAGGGAAUGAAAUGUUAUUGACUUAUUUCUAAAUGUAAUCCCUCAACUGAAAUGAGGGUUUUGCUGGGGUUUUUUUGCAUACAAUUAAAUUACUCUAGUUUAUAUAUACUUACUAAGUUAUAAGCAUGUUAAUAUGGAGAGUUUUGAUUGUCCAGCCUGAUGGAGGAUCUGAUUCCCUUUAAGGAUGUAUGUAUUUUCCUCUUCAGGAUUUUUUUUAAGUCUGUAGAGAGAGAGAACUUUAAAAUUGCCCAGUUUUAAUAUAAGUGGAAACUUGCUCACCUAUUGAAAUGUUAUGUUACACAAUUAUAUGGAUUAUGGUUAAAACAGAUUCAUUUCCUAGUGGUUUCCGAAUACUUCUGUAUAGUCUUGAUAAAACUUAGAGUUGAAUAGUUUCGGAAUGCCAUUUAGUAUGAGGGGGGAGGAUGCACAUUUAAGAAUCUUCAGUGUAAUAGAAAUGAUGUUAUUUCAAAUACUCAGAAUCCAUAAUAAUAAAUUUUAGGAAGUUAAGUCCUAAACAUUAAUAGCCAAGAUAUCAAAUAAAUUAUUAUAAUCAAAUAUUUUAAUUUUUUAAGAGAAAAGUAACAUAACCUUUAUGUCAGAGAGAAAUUCUCCUAUCCCUGGGUUUCACAGCCAAGAAAGUAUAAAUUAGUAAAUAACUAUAGUCUUAUUUGAACAUUCCAUUCUCUACCAACAGAUAAAUACAAUUUAGGCUGCUCUGUGACAUCAUGGUAAGUUGAAAAGUGAACAACUAAAAUCAUGUUGGGGGUCUACAUAAUUAAUAACUGUUUUGAUAGUUUUUACCUAAAUUAAAAUCUGUUCUAACUGUAUGGAUAGAAUAUGACAACCAAAAAUUAAAAAGAUAAAAAGAUACAGUUGUUGUAUAGAUAUAAACAGAUAAAUGUCAUGAUUGCUAUGUUCUUUAACUUACAGUUUUGUUUACACUUCUGAGAUAAACUCUAAUAAUUUGUUGGCAAUGAGCACUGUUGCCUUUUGUAAUCAUUAAUUCCAGUCUUUAACUGAUAAAUAUUAGAAGUUUAGAAUUACCUUUAAGUUUCUCAUAUAUGGAUUUUUCAUCUGGUAGCUACCCUCUGUCAGUAUUUUUAUGUACAGAAUAGAUCCUUUUUAAAGACAUAUUUAUUAGGAUCUUAAAUUUAAAAUAAAUUAUCCUUCACAGCUUCUUAAAAUGGAUAUGCUAAUUAUGCUUCUCUGUUCACCCAACAGAUAAGACUUUAUCCAUUACACCUAAGAAUUUUUUAACCUGUUUAUCAAUCUAAAUAGGGUUCUAGGAAUAAUCCUAGCUUUAAUAUGCCAAGUAGUUCUAGAUUCCAUUCAUAUCAGUGUAAUAUUGUGUAAUAAAAUGUCAAAUUUCUUGUAUCUGAACUACUCUCCCCCUCCUCCCAUAACUCCCCUGUUCGCUUACCGCCCCCCCCCCCCCCACACACACACUCUAGAAGUCAGUGCUGACUGUUAUUCUCACAAGUGGAAAUAGGUAUUGGUGAAUCAGGGGGCUUUGUAAAUGCUAAGAAAUGUUUGUGAAAACCUUUCCUCUUUGAUUUAAAAUGGUUUUACCAUGUUCAUUUUAAAUGUUUUAUUGAGCAUCCAAUUUGUGUCAGCACUGUGUACAUAGCAUGAAGAAUAUUUUGGAAUAGACUUUAACAUUCACAAGAAGAAUUGGUAGUAUUUGUUAAACAAUGCAUCCAUUCAAAAUAGAGGCCGAGUAAACCGUGUAAGAAAUAACGUCCUUUGUGUGGCCUGCUAGCACAAGUAGGAGUGGGGGAAGGGGUUGAUCGUUAUGAUUAAGAGUAAGGAGAAAAUUUAUAUAUAGAAACUGACUUCAAACUUAAAGAGGUAUGGUAAGCCAUUAAGACACACACUUUGUGUGUUUAUAUAUUUGUGUGUUUCAUAAAGGCUGAUGCUAACAGGGGUAAAGGAUUAUUUUAAGUAUAGAGUUGUUUAUAAUGUGUUGGCAGAUCUGAUCAGGUCUAAUCAGGUAUUUGAGCAAAAGUCUUCGGUCUCCACUAGAAAUACUCUUAACUUGAGAGCUGAAAGGAACCUGAGUGGUUUUAUCUAAUCUCACCUUCUCCUAUUAUUUUAGGCAUCAUAUAUGAAUAUCAUAAAUUCUUGUGAAUUUUAGUCUGUUUCAGCUCAAGAAUUAUACUCAGGCAGUGUUUUAUUUAAUAACUAUGAUGACCUUAGAAGAUGUCACUUAAUUUAGAAAAUAAGUAGGCUUUAAAAGGUGAUCCUAAUUAGGACCCUGACUCAGUUUGCUAGUCAUGCUUCCCUGAUAGAACAUAAGCUUUUGUAAAGUAUUUAGGCUGAUACACAUGCAGUAUGAAAACAUUCUGAAAUGUAAAUUAGAAGACUAAUUUUUAAAAGCACUUAAAACAUAGAACUAGGAUUUAGAAUAUAUGUCCACUUAUAAUCAAAUAAUUUAUGUUCAUAAUGUGAACAUGUAGUAGAAUUAAAGCAUUACUUAUUUUAUAAUCUUAAAAGGAAGAAAGAAACGAGAAUUUUUAACAAUGUUCUAUUUAAUACCUGUGUUUUGAAUAUUUAAGAUACUCUGAUAGUAAGGUUGCCAAAGUAGUUUUGAAUUCAUUAAAAUUAUUUAUACCACAGUAAGGUGGGAUAUGUUUACAUCUCUUUUAUUUUGUAGUUUAGGUGAAUUUACAUAUAAGUCACUUAGAGUAAAUACAUUAUGGUAAAUAUUUGUUGGGAUAAACAUCUCUUAAUAAUAUGACAUGAAAAAGAUGAAUUACGUCACAGCUGGCUUUUAUGCCACAUCAACAAAGUAACAGUAUUAUCAUUGCUUCCCACAGUUGCUUUAACUGUCCAACCACAAUGUCUGCAGUCAUUUUUGCGUGUAUGUUGUUUCCUCCAAGUAAAACAGCUAUGUUAUUAAAACCCACUAAAUUUUCUCAAAUAUCAGAAUUACUGAUCAGUUAGCAAAGAUUUAUUGGUGUCUCAGUGUGAUCACAACAUAAGUUACAGCAACUGUUUUAUGAAAUUCUUAGUGAAUUGUAUAGCUACUAAGGAAUUUACAUAAUAAUAAAACAUUUUUGAGAGCUAACGGCUAAUAGAUAAGUAAGUUCAGCAAUUUUAUAAAGAGCCCGUGAAAUUAAUCCCUAAAAUGUAUUUUUGGGGUUCAGCUUACUUUACAAUGUCUACAACUGUUAACAUCAUUUUUUGUUCUAUACCAACUUCAUUUAUUCUUUUUUUCUGACUUCAUUUAUUCUUAGUAGCAAUUAGUACAGUAAGCCUUUCAGUGUUAUCAAAAACAAGUCCUAUAUCAGUAAGAAAUUAGACACUUUAAUUUCAUAAUCUUGGUGAAGUUGUCCUGGGUAGACACCAAAUAGUUAUUUCUGUUUCCAUUUCUAGAUUUUGCCGCUACUUAUUUGUAUGUUUUUCUACUGCAGUUUACUGUUGAUUUCUAAAGUUUUAUAGUCAUUGUUAUUUUUAUUUUAGCAAUCCAAGCUAAAUGGGCGGCCAUAGGUAGUAUCUAUUGGGGUGCAGUCCAUCAACAUUGACUAGAUGUGGUUCCGUGCAUAAAGGAGAAAACCAAUUUUUUUUUAAUUUACAAAGUGAGAAGUAUUAGCAAUAUUGCAAGUUAAAGACUACAAUUUUAGUUGAAAGUCCUAAUGUUUAACUUCCUGAAACCUUUUAAAAUUUCCAAUGAAAGAAUGAAAGUGUUUAAAAGCCUUGUGCUCAUAAAAGUUUCAGUUAAGCACUGUAGAAUUUUCCUACUUAUUGUUGUGUAAAUUAUAGAGAAAGUAUUUUUCUAUGGACAAGAGAUUGAAACUGUUAACUUCUUUUACUUCAUUGUGUAAAAAGAAAAAUGAUAUUUGUAUGUCUUUCAUGCUGUAAGAAAAAUGAAUGUAUCUUUGAAAUGUUAUUAGAAUUAUGACUUGAUUCUAAGGAUACUCUUUGUUUUAAAAAAGUCAGCAAAGGAUUGAAAAAAGGAAGAGUGUAUUCUACUUCAUUAUGUAAAAUCAGUUUUAGAAGAAAAAUGUAAUUUUCAUUAUAAACGAGCAAUCAUUACUGAAGCAUAUUUCAAAUAUAAUGUACAUUCUUUUUGUUUUGUUUUAGCUAUAGUAUAGAAAAUUUCAAGAAAAUUUGUGCUUACUAUUUUUAAGUGUAAAAUAAUUGUAGACUUCUGGAGUGUGGAAGGGUGUUUGUGUGUGAGGGUAAACAUUCUGCUGCAUGUGUUUACCAUGAGGGAACGUUCUCAGGCAUUGUCAACUGUGGCAGCCACAAAUGAGGACAUCGUUGUGAGUGUGACUUUGGUGAAGCCAGAAGUCUGUGCCUCAGAUUUACUACAGUAAAUAUGUGCAGAGGCCCCUGGCAAAUAGUUUUGCCUUUUUAUUAUCUGUAUCUUGGACAGAUAAGACCACUGAGCCCAGUUCUGACUUGUAACAGUGGUGUCUUAGAUGCUUAAGGGUUAUUAAUUCAGCUGAACAACAACAAAAACCCUACAUUUUUAACCAUCUUUUAGGCAUGAUUCAUUUGUUCAACGGUCUCUUUAAAGGGUAGUAUUUAUUAACUAUCACUUGUUAAACUUGACUCAAUGGGGCCUUCAUUAUUUUGACUCCUGCUUCCAUCCCUCUAACUUUUAAAAAUCAAUUAAUUUCAUUUUAUAGUAGUCUCUGUGAAGUAAAUACCCUGAACAACUAUAAGGUGAUAUCUUUCUUCACUAGCUAUUUUUUUAACUGUUUUUAAGAGAUUACUAUUGGGCCCCCUUCACCCUGAGAGUUUCCAAAAUUUAGCAAAUACUACUUGUGAUAACUUUAACUGAAAUGCCACCUUACUAAAUGAAAUUAUCACCAUAAAGUCAUCAAGGAGGAUCAGCCCAGUUUACAAUCUUAAACCCAAAUAGGUGCUGACGUUUGAUUUCCCCAAAUCCACUGUAGUCACAAUUGAGCCCAUUUUACCUUUUAUUUAAAAGAAGCUUUUUGGGUUUUGCUCCUGAGUUGUGUUGCAGUUUUUUGCCUUCCCUGGCAAGAAAAUUUCAAUCCAAUUCUGGAACUCUCUGUCACCCAUCUUUUCCAACCCUUUGGUGAGUUCACAAGAUCAUCCAGUCUUUCUUGUAUCCUGUAGAGUAGGUCAGAUUUCAAUGCUGAAAUGAUUUCUUGAAUUUUAAAUAGUAGCACUUUAUUUCAUGCUUACUACUGACUUAAUUUAUACAUUUAAAAAUAAAAUCUAGGAGUUUUGUAAAUAUGGAAAAAACUUUAAUGGAUUAGUAUGUAGAGCUCAUUGGAUUGGACCCAAGUAAAAUGCUUUACAAUGAUCUCUUGGUCUUUUGAUAUUUAAAAGGUAACUUGUGUGAUUUUAGCUUUGCCACUUUUCUGUAAUUUAUUUAGUACAGUAAAGACUACCCAGUUGACUGUCUUGCUGGACUCUUGAGUUCUCUCAGCUAGCUUCAACCAGGUUUGGUUUACAGUAAUCAUUUCUGCUUUGCAUUUUUUAUACAUUACAUGAACACUUGGAAAUCCAUUUGUUUGGUUUUAAGUUGUAGGUAGGGGUUAAGUCAAUACUGCACCACAAGUAAGUUGAAGAGGGCAAAGUCCUGACACUUUAUAUACAUGUCAAGGGGCAGGAUUUAAGACACUAAAAACAGUUUACAUUAAGCUGUUUUCAUUUUCUAUCAUUAGAAUAUUUGUGCUUAAAAAAAUUAAAAACUGUCCACCCAGUCUUCUCACAGCAUCAGGACAUUGCAGUUACAAAUCCAUAUUGUAAUCUUUUCAGAUGAGAAAAGCUAGUCUUUAUUUUCUACAGUGUAGGCUUAAUUUUAGGACAGAUAAUUUACUAUAUACUCAUCAGUGAUAUUUUUAAGUAGUUUUACAAAUAAUUAUUUCUAUGUAGAGGGUGUAUUAAUUUGGGAUUUUUUUUUCUUGUAACAGGUGCUAUAUGUAAAUAUGAAGGGCGAAAAGUCACUUAGUUAAAAGUCUAGUUUAUUUCAUAAUUAAAAUAUGAUUUUGCAUUUCUGCUGUCAUUUCACGUUUGAUCGUACUGAACUAGUAGCAAAAUGGAAUUAGCCCCUUAAUUUUUUUAACUAUCUUCCCUCAUUUCACAAAAACAACUCUUUGCGUAUGGUUUGUUUCCAUAAAUAAGAGGCAGAGAAGCUUAGGAUUCAUUUAAAAUGUGUAAGCUUGAAUUUGGUCAACACUGGAUAAUUUGAAAUCAUACCCUGCAUCUGUCACUGCAGCUUACUGUAUGCUUGAAAGGCCUUGUGUAUUUGUCUUAAUUUCAGUGAAAAAUUAGAAUUCCUGCCGUUUAUUCAUGUAAAAAAAUCUGUGAAUACUAACAGCAGACAGGAUAAAAAUGCCGAUUUGCAUUAAAACUGCUUGAGUCCUAAGAGCGAUUAUGUUAACGUGAAAUGCUUUUACACAUAUUUUGUUGGCCAUAUUUCAUUUUGAUUGAACAAUAGUUAGUUGUUCAAGGUACAAACGUGAAAAAACUAGCUGUGACUUUUAAUUGUUCAAUUGCAAAAUAAAGAUAUGCUUUAGUAAUUUAAA